UCCAUGUCACGUGCGAGCGCCAAAGCAUCCCUUCCCUCUUCACGAUGUCGCCGACUCCACCGCCGCCACCGCCACCUUCCCACGCCCUCCCUCCUCCAUCUCGACCGGACCGGUUCGGUCUAAAUUACCUAAUCAAGUCGGAUCGGACCCGCCUCCACCACCGGCCCACCCAAUCCUUAUCCCCACCACCGCCACCACCACUCAACCACCACGCCACGCCACGCCACCACCCAUCCCCGUCGCCCCCCUUCCUCCUUUCCCUCAACACGCAAACCCUAAUUUUCCCUUCGCAUUUUUUCAAACCACAUGGCCGCUGUCGGUGGAUCGCUGGAGCGCUGGGCCGGCCCCCCGCCGCUGCCUCCGUCGCGGAAGUCUGCCUCUGGCCAGCCCUGGUCCGACAUCGAGACAGCCCACCUGAUCGACGCCUACGAGGAGCGGUGGUACGCCCUGAAGCGCGGGCAGCUCAGGGCCCAGCAGUGGGAGGAAGUCGCCGCCGCCGUCGCCGCCAGAUGCGGCCUGGAGGAGCCCUCGAAGACCGGCACCCAGUGCCGCCACAAGGUCGAAAAGCUUCGCAAGCGGUACCGCGCGGAGCAGCAACGUCCCGUCGCCUCCGCCUGGCCCUUAUUCAGUCGCAUGGAGCGAAUGGAGCGCGGCCCCCUCCCCAUUUCUGUACGCCCGCCGGCCACGGCACGUUCUCUCGAUGUACCCUCCACCGACGAGGACGAUGACGAGGAGGAAGAGGAGGAGGAGGAGGAGGAGAGAAUUGGAAGCCACGUUCGAAGUAUUAAUGGGAUCCUUCGGGAGCCCCACUGGGGCCCUUCUAGGUUUUCCAAGAAUCAUGUUCCUUUGAAAAGGAGCCAUUUUGAGGUUGAAGAAGAGGAGGCUGAGGAAUCCGAUGAGGAUGAAUCAGAAGAUGAGGCUGUGGGCAGUGGUGCAAAGAUCAUGUCACAGUUGGCUGCUGUUGUGAGAAGGUUCAGUGAUGGCUUGAUGAAGAUUGAGAAGCGAAGAAUGAAAUUGAUGCGGGAGCUAGAAAGAGAUUGGAUGGAGAUGGAAAGAAAAAAGGCUGAUAUGAUAAGGGAGUCACAGCAGUGCCUCUUAGACAUGAUUGCUGAUGCUUUCCCUUCCACCAAGAAAGCCAAGAAGUCAGAGGAUUUGUAGGGCACUAAACAAGGUGAAGCAAACUCACACGUUAGUCCUUGUUAUUUUCAUCACUCUAUUAACAAUAAUUAGAUGUUGAAUGCUGAUGGGUCAUUGAGCCUUCAUAUGUUGAUGGAAAGUUAUUUUGUUUUCAUCUUAACCUCUUAA